AUGCGUUUCGCUCUGGGCUUUCUGAUCCGCUACACGGAGACUGUUUCGGCGUUUGUUCGCAACUUCAUCAAUCUCGACCUUGCCCUCACCAGCACAAGCCGCAUUCUCGAGUAUACCAACAUACCAAGCGAGCAUUACAGCUGCGGAAUGUUGCCACCCGCAGCCUGGCCAGAGUCGGGCCGUGUGAAGAUUUCUGAUCUAGUCAUCAGACACGCGCCCCAUCUCCCUCCUGCUCUCAAUCACGUCAGCUUUGAGAUUGGACCAAAUGAGCGGGUUGGGGUUGUUGGGCGCACAGGAGCAGGAAAAUCGACUCUUGCAAUGGCCUUCUUUCGCAUUCUCGAAGCGGAACAGGGCAGCAUCACGCUUGAUGGCAUCAACAUUGCGGAAGUGGCUCUACAACAGCUGCGCCAGCGUCUCUCCAUCAUAACGCAGGACCCGCAUCUCUUCUUCGGUACUGUCCGCACAAACCUCGAUCCUUUUGACAAGCAUGACGACACAGAUCUCGUCCACGCAUUGGAACAAGUUCAUUGGCCCGGCUGCAGUGAUGCACAUCGCAAACAAACGAAUCGACUAUCUGGUCCUGGUCUGUUCUCAGAUCCCGACGAGGCGGUUUCUAGAAGACGCAUGCGUGUUCUAUCGUUGCUCGAGCAACCAAUCAUGGAUGGCGGAAGCAAUCUCUCCCAAGGUCAGCGCCAACAGCUCAGCCUCGCACGCGCUAUCGUUGAUCGCUCAAGGCUUCUCAUCCUAGACGAAGCGACAUCCUCCAUGGAUCCAGUCGUUGAUGCAGCAAUCCAAACGUCGAUACGGGAGCUGUCCGCAUGCGGGCUUGCUUCUAUGCUUGUUAUUGCGCAUCGGAUCGGAACAGUCAUGGACUUUGACAAGAUCAUCGUGUUGGACAAGGGAGUUGUUGUGGAAGCUGGUAGCCCUAGCGAACUGCUGAAGCUGCCAGGGGGACACUUUAGAGGCCUCGCCGAAGACGCUAGAGAAACGGUCAAGGAAGCCGAGGUGCAAGAGAUGAUUACUGAGACUGUACACACGAGCGAAAGCGUUUUCAUACAAGAGUCUAUACAGAAUUCCGUCUUGUAA